GAAAAGAAGACUCGAUACAAAGACAGAAGAUGCUAUCGGACUACAGGCACAGAUCACCCCGACAUCAGAAAGAAAAGUUAAUUAUUACUUAGAUGAAAUUGACCAGGAUGGAAAAGGGGAUCAGGCAAACGUUUAUUACAAUGUUAGUUAUGUCGUCAACUCAGAGCAGCAAGAAGAAUCGGAGCAAGAAGAAACUGAGAGUGAGAUAGAAACAGGAGAUAACCUACAAGAAAUCGAGCUUAUAAGUGAAAAUUUAGGGGACAUUCCCGUGAAAGAGCUGCAUGAUUACAUAUUAAGGAAGCACGAAAAUACAGAUGAAGGCUUUAAGGCUGAAUUUAAAGCUUUACCAGAAGGAGAUAUUAACCGUUGCAGUGUUGGAACUUUGGAGAAAAAUAUUUUGAAAAACAGAUUUAAAAACACACUACCUUAUGAUCACUCAAGGGUAGUUUUAACGGAUCCUCAUGGCGAAGAUUACAUCAACGCUAACUUUAUUCCAAGUAUGCUCAGAGAGAAAGAAUACAUAGCAUGUCAAGGUCCAAAAGCAACAACUGUGAAAGAUCUAUGGCGUAUGAUAUGGCAUGAGAAAGUGACCACCGUUGUUAUGCUUACUGGCAUCAUUGAGGGACAAAAGAGAAAAUGUGAGCAGUAUUGGCCAAACCAAGGAAGAACAAUCAUAUAUGGAAAAUUAGCUGUUACCAACAAGCAAGAAACAGUGUAUGCGUGUUAUACAGUGAGACAUCUAGAAGUUCGGAACACUCAGGACAAAAAUGAUGUACCUCGAAAUAUGACCCACUUUCACUUUACUGGUUGGCCAGAUCAUGGCGUCCCAUCGACGUCACAGCUACUUUCAUUUUACUUCAAAGUAAGAGAACAGAUGUCAAGAGAGAAAACGAAAAGACCUAUUGUAGUCCACUGCAGUGCUGGUGUAGGGAGAACUGGCACAUUUAUUGCUAUAGAUGCUCUGGUACAGUACGGGUUGAAGACCGGAAGUGUAAACAUCACUAAAUACGUCAGCAUUAUGAGAAAGGAGAGAAUGCAUAUGAUCCAAACAUCGGGCCAAUACAUCACUGUGUACAAGUGCUUAGACGAAUAUUUCAACUUUCCACGUCACGUGAUCUCACGUGAUAAAUUGACAAAUCACAUUGCAGAUAAAGAUGGACUGCACAAGGAAUAUACAGAGUUCGCCAAUUACAUCAUACAACAAAGGCAGUAUGAAGCUAUGACCGCUGUAGAGGAAGCAGAGAAAAAGACUGACCAACCAUUGGUUGUAGGAGAAUAUCCUUCUAUGUGGUUGGAAGAUGGAAUAAUUGUGUGUCGCUAUCCAAAGGCGAAAGAUGUUCCAGAGUUCAUGGCAAUAUUAAUGGAUUGUGCACCAUCUGUUGUUAUGACCUUGGAUUCUCUUGAUGAGCAGCUUACAACAAAGCAGUGGAUUCCAGAGGACCAUGAUUUGGUCGUCGGUAGAUACGUUGUAAAGAAGACUAAGAGUAGGGUGGUCAGCCUCUGCAGAAGAAUAUCUACAACAAGGAUUACUAUUCAGCAUGGGGACGAUGAAGAAAUUGAUGUCAGAAUUCUACAAGCUAUGCCAUCCGACGAAUCUGUGUAUUCCAACACAACACAGCUUUCUGAUAUCAUAGAUGCCGUGACAAGCAUGACAUUGGAUAGAGAAAAGCCAAUUAUUAUUAUACACAAAGAAAACAACACCGAAGUUCUGAUGGCAGCGAUUGUGUUAAAUUCCCUACAUCAGCUGAUGUAUGAAGGAGAAACAGACAUGUGUUUUAUGGCAAGAUGUCUACAGGCUUACCAGCUCUCUGCCAUACUUAGCUAUGAACAAUUUGAGGAGUGUUACAAACUUCUGCGCAGAUUUUCAUCAAAGGAGAUCAUAGUGGAGAAAACUGAACAACAAGAAGAUCUUUACGCAAACUGAAAAGUUCGAAUGUUUUGCAGCAAAAUUUGCCAAAUUAACAAGACCCAUUUGCAUUCUUAUGUUCAUGUAUCAAAUAAUCUACAUUUUUGUUUUAUGUUGCUCUUGACAACUUCACCCUGUAAAAUGAAAAUUAAUAUUUACAUUAAAACUACAAAAGGUCAAGAUAUAGUACAUAAAAGAUGCCUACAGAUUUUUCAAAUAGGAGAAAACAGUUCUUUUGAUAAUACUUUGCAAAUAAGACUUGGUAAAAUAAAGUGUUUCUGGAUAUUAUUUUUGGAUAUAUUAUGCGGGAUAACAUGUUUUAAACAAUAUUUUUCAAUGAAAAACAAGGUCAGAUAUAAAUUUUAGAUACAAAAUGUAUACACAGAUGUAAAUUGCGAAAACAUAAGCUUAAAUCAAUUUUAAAGUCAAAUAGGAUCUAGCAUUAAAAAGUCACAUUAUCUAGAUCCUGACCUUAAGUAAAGGGCACGAAGCCUUGUUUGGAGUUGCACUUCAUCAGAGAACGAACUUCUCUUUGAAAUAUUCACGAUGGAAUUUUUUUAGCAUUCAACCUUGUUCUGCAUAUCCAUCAAUGUCUUUUUACUGUAUAAUUAUUUUUCUUAGAAAAUGUGCCAUAGUAACAUUAUCUAAUGUAACAUAUUGAUAGGACUUAACAUUGAAUGGAAGUUUACAAGAAACUGCUGACUUGGAAAAUUUUAUAAUGGAAAUAAUGGUCGUCUUUAUAUACAUUAGCUGAUGAUUUUGAUGUAUUCCAUGUAUUUUGGUGCUAGAUUAAUUUAUUUACAUGUAACUACAGGAAAUGUGUAUUUCUUUUAAUAAGUUGGGUAAUGAUACAUAGAUUAUUGUAUCCUACGCUAUAUCAUGUGGUUGGGUUUGUCAACAUUGUUAACCAUUUAUACAUGUAAGAAUAACGGUGUCAUAUUCAUUAUUAUCUCGAUUAUUUAAAUUUUUUUCAAUAAAAUGUGUCACUCGAAA